GAGACUGAAACUUGUAGUGAAGCAAUUUAAGACCAACAAUCACUCAGUAGAUUGUUGCUUGAAGGUAUUUUUUAUUAACUUUAUUGGUAUUUUAUGACACUUUUAAUUGGCUAAUCAUGGCAUUUCUGAUCUACCUGACUGUUCUGACAACAGCCGUCAUCACACAGGUGACUGCUAGCUGCCCAGCAGAGUGCGAGUGUCCCGCAGAGCCCCCGGUUUGCCCUCCAGGUGUUAGCGCUGUGCCGGACAGAUGUGGGUGCUGCAAGGUGUGUGCUGCACAGCUUAAUCAAGACUGCAGCCCAGUGAGGCCUUGCGACCACCACAAAGGGCUGGAGUGUAAUUACGGCAACGAUGUGACCAUGGCCUGGGGCAUCUGUCGAGCAAAAUCAGAGGGACGGACAUGCGAGUACAACAGCAGGAUCUACCAGAACGGCGAGAGCUUCCGUGCCGGCUGUAAACACCAGUGUACCUGCAUCGAUGGCGCCGUCGGUUGCGCUCCUCUGUGCAACAACAAGCUGCCCCCUGCGUCGCCGUCCUGCCCCUACCCUCGUCUGGUCAGGAUCCCCGGCCAGUGCUGUUUCAGCGUCGACUGCCACAAGGGCACCUGGCGCCUUCCGGCCAAGCACCAGGUGCCUCCGCCACAACAACACCUGCCGAAACCUUGGCACCAUCCCGAGCCGCACCACCCUGAAAAUGAGCUGCUCCUCGCCAACAAGCUCACAGAAGUCAAGUCCAGCAGCUGGGAGGAUGAACAAGGCUACAAACACCUGCCUGCGUGGAACCCUUUGAAGGAGAAGAAGUGUCCGGUCCAGACCACCGACUGGUCCCAGUGCUCCCGCAGCUGUGGGAUGGGCGUUUCGUCACGGAUCACCAACAAGAACCCUCAGUGCAAACUGGAGAGAGAGACGAGGAUCUGCACCGUGCGGCCGUGUCACAGCUUACCCGUCCCAGCCAAGAAAGGGAAGACCUGCUCGCCCACUCAGAAAGCCCCAGAGCCCGUCCACCUGUCCUACGGAGAAUGCGUGAGCGUCCGCCUCUACCGGCCGAACUACUGCGGCGUCUGUACGGACGGACGGUGCUGCUCGCCACGGCGCACGCGCACCGUGCCCGUGACCUUCGUGUGCCCGGACGGCGAGCGCUUCCAGAGGCAGGCCAUGUUCAUCCAGUCGUGUAAAUGCAGCGACGACUGCGGCCACCUGAACGAAGUGGCCCUUCCUCCACAGCACUGGAUGUACGGAGACACGCACAAGUUCAUAGACUAGACUAGUGGUGAGGAUGGUUGUUGAUGCGAAUGUGAUGAGGUCAGCUUUCCUAAAGAGAGAGGACACUUCCGAGACGAGGAGCCGAUUUAUGUUUUUUUCUUAUCUGGCUCCAAGCGAGUGAAGGCCACAAGGCAGGAAGAACCGCCCUGGUAUUAUUCACACAAUCAUAAAGGCAACCCAUAUUGUAUUGUAUUGUAAUACGUGUGACCAGAGUGGAUUGUACACUUGCCUGCUCCUGUUCAAACUGACGUGGGACCUAAAUUAGAGCCCUGAAACUCCCUGGACUUCCUGUACUCUGAACUGAUUGCUGGUUCAGGUGUCGAGGAUUGUUUUUUCUUCUUUUUUUUUUUUUUUUCUUUCGAGACUCUCAGAUCAGCCUGAGAGGAGAAACACUACAAAAGCAACAAAGCACUUUAUUUAGCACUGAAACCUGUGACUGUUACCAGUGCACAAGAAUCUCCAACAAGAUCACCUCACCUGCAUCAGUAGCUUGAACUACUGUAAUUACUUUAUGUCCCACAAUGCACUGUGACUACUUACUGACAACCAGCAAAAGAUUAACUUUUGCAGUUUUAUGUAGAAAACUCCAGAGUGUAAUGCAAAACGUGGACUUUUUUCCCCCUCCAAAUACACAAAAUCAGCACAGAAUGUUACAAAUCUGAACACAUAAAUCACAUGUGCCUUUUAUGCACGCUGCGAUGUGCACACAUCAGUGAAUGACCGUUUCCGUGUAACAGGAAACAAAUGCAAUUCAUGACGAGCAUUCGGCAAAGACUGAACCGAUGCCAAUUGAUUUCUUGUUUUUGCAUUAAAUGCAACUCAGAAAAAAAAAUGUCUUACAUGAACCUGUAUUUCUUCAGAAUUUCUGUUGGAUCACAAUGUAUUCUGUAACUGCAUUUCUAUAUUUUGAUCCAAUUUUGUAUUAUUUGUCACAUUUAUACACUUUUAUGGAUUGAGACACUACAGUGUAGCUGUCACAAGUUUUUGUUGGUCCAUCCAUGUGAUAAAACUGGCUUCCAAGCUCA